AUGGCUCCCACCACUGCAUCCCAGCCCGUCGCGGCUGCACCCGCCGACGCCGCCAAGAAGGACAAAAGCCACAAGAAGGACAAGAAGGCCGCUGUCGUCGAUGCUGCUGUUGCUGCCGACGAUGCCGACGCCGAUGCCGUGGCAGAAGAGCUCGAUGCUGCUGACGGCGAAACCGACGCCGCCAAAAAGGACCGCAAACGCGAGAAGAAGGAGCGCAAGGAACGCGAACGUCUCGAACGCGAGCAGGCAGAGAAGGAUGCCGCCACCGUCGCCGCCGCCUCUGCUGCCCAAGCCGUCUCGGCCGUCGCGUCCGCCACGCGUCUUCCCAUCGACCCUUCCCUCGAUGGCUCCUUCGCCGCUGCAGAGAACACAGCCCUCGAUGCCCCGGUCGCUGCGGCUGCUCCUGCCGCUGUUGUCCCCGAGCAGUCUGCCGUGACGCAACCCACCCAGGUGGCCACCAAUGCAGCUGCCCCUGCUGUCCCCACAUCCGCCCCGGUCGACCCCGUCACCGGCGAGCCCAUCAAGCGAAAGCGUGGUCGCCCCAAGAAGGACCCCAACGCGCCCCCUACCGUCAAGAAGCCCAAGCGUGACGCCGGCGAGAACGGAUCGCGACGCGGUCGACGCCCCAAGAUGUCCGAGGAGGCCGCCAUCGAGGAGCUCAAGGGUCUUUCGCGCCGCGAGCUGCUCGUCGAACGCGUCUACUCGUCCGACAUGCUCGCCAAGCUCGAGAGGACGAUCGGGCUCAAGUAUCAGAAGGGUCGCUUCACCACCGAGGAGCAGGACAUCAUCAAGAACGGCAUCGCCGAAUUCAUGAAGCUCAAGAACCUCAACGAAGAGGACUUCCAGGAGCUCCUCUACAACUACCGUGAAAAGGGCUGGGAGAGGAUGUACACCGAGCUCUGGAAGGACCUCGCCGGUCGCCUCGACGGCCGUCCCAACAUCGCCGUCCGAUUGCACGUCCGCACCAACAAGUCGCAGUUCCGAAGGCAGGGACGCUACACGCUCGCCGAGGACUUUGAGAUCCGCAACCGCAUGGGCGUGCUGCGCGAAGAUGCCGCCUCGGUCGCCAAGCGCCUGGGCCGUCUGAACCAGGACGUGCUGUCGCGCUUUGUCAAGCUGCAGGUGAGGGACGAGAUGGCCGAGGGACCCACGUGGACCGCCGAGGAGGACAAGGCAGUGAUCGCAGCUCUGGAGCAGUACAAGCAGGAGCACCCGGGCGAGGUCAUCUCGUGGAAGGCCAUCGCCAACAUGAUGGGCAACAAGCGAAGCUACAAGGUGUAUUCGAACCUGUUCUCCAAUAUCCGCUCGCGUGUAGAUCGCAGCGGUCUCAACCCCAAGCGCGACUACGGAACCUCGCUCGAGGAUGCCGCCGCGGCUGCAUCGCAGCAGGCGGUGCGUGGCAUCCAGCGCCACCCGACGCGUGCCGAGCUAGACAACAGCGUGUGGAUUCCCGGUGAGGACGACCUGAUCCUGCUGCAGCGUCUCAACUUCCAGGACACUUUCACUGAAGCGUCGGUGCGAUGGGGCGACCUGUCGUUCGAUACGUGGCAGUGGCCCGAGGAGGCGCUCAAGCAGCAAUUUGCGCAGAUCAAGUCGCGCUACCUGCCCGAGGGCUUUUCGGGCGGCUGGCAAGAGACGCUGGACAAGAUCAUCCGAACCAUCCGCACGCGUCGAACUAAGAAGGAGAUCGACGACGAGGGUGAGGACCAGCGCGAGACGGCUGGCGAGUCGAGCACGCAGGCUGCAGCUGCUGCUGCCGAGACGCCGGCUGCUGCGUCCGCGGCGGCAGCUCCGGAGGCUGCACCUGCUGCGAUCGAUCCAGCCCUGGAUGCCAGUGUUGCUGAACCCGCUUCUACGACCGCUUGA